AUGAACGCAAACGCAUCUUCCUUCAAAGAGAAAGAGAUUCUAAAUGCUGGAGGUUAUACAAAGCACAAGAACUGUUCCAGUCUAUGGAGAAAAUUGACAAAACUUUCGGACGAAGACACUGUUGAUCACCGAGACAGUCCUGAACAAAGGCGUUACCUAGCUAAAAUCCCUUCAGGAAUGAACCUCGGCGGUUUAUGUGUUAUGUCUUUGCAAAACUCAGUUCUUUACUUACACCGUUUGAAACUUAGUGACGACACAUUCUUCCAACUAAAGGAUCUGCACAACGAUAUUGACAAUAUGGUACUUAAAGGACAGCUUUUGUUCAACAAUUUGAAUCUAACAGAAGCUUACGAUCGCUCCCUAAUGGCUAAAGAUCCAUCAAUACUCAAACAUACCAAUUCGUAUGGAGAACUUCAAGUCUUUAUGGAAGAUGUACACUACACGGUAGAGGGCCGCUACACAAUGAAAAAGGACAGACUAGCUAUCGAACUUAUCGUUUCAACUCUCGAUACUAAAUUUAUUACGUUGACGCACUCCAAUGCAAACAAAACUGAUCCACCGAUAUGGCUAGAUAAACAAAACAUGGGAGAUUUCAUGUUAAGGCUUAAAGCUGAUUUAGAUAAAUGGGUGCAAGACUAUUUCAAUGAGUAUCUAACAGUCACAAACCUUGAAAACGUUCCUUCUAUAUUGAAGCUCCGAGAAUACGAUCAACACAAAGGCGGCCAGCUCGCAAAAUUCGUGGACAACGCCUUAAUUAGGAUGAAUAACAAGCUACAUAAUAUUGUAGGAGACACAGUGCGCAUUCCAAAUUUCAAAAUCACAGCUUCGCACAAUAUGAGUAUUUGGAUCCACGCCGGCACCUUACGAGGCCUUGACACCAUGUACAGACGAUCGCAGGCUACCAAAAUCUUAAAGAAGAAAAAAAACAUUCUCAAUGUGGAUACUAUCAUUGGCUUUAGAGACUUGAAGGUUUUAUACGCAUACGAAAUUCAGUUCCCCCUAAGCUCGCAAACAGCACCGACUCUCAACGGACUACUUAUUAUGUCAGCUAAUCAACAAACUGCCCAUAUAACUCUGGAAUUAUUAAAUAAGACGAAAAUUUUGGAAUUAGACAUCGACUUCUUAAAUCGAAUGGGGGCAGAUGCUAUUACAAUAGAAGGCGCUGCCAAAGUAGUAAUGAAAAAAUUCAAAUAUAUAUUGCAUCACGAGAUCGCUACUAUUAUGUCGAAUUCCAUAGUACAUACCACACAAUUACUCAAAACGCUCCUAAUCUGUGGUUAA